AUGAAUCACACAAAGCUUAUGGUUCUCGUGCCCGAGAACACCUUGGAAAGAUUACAACAGCGCCAGCAGAUUUUAACCCCACCCGUCACACAAACUCUGAGAAACUUGGAUAGUGAAAUGACCGAUAUUUUAUCCAGUAAAGAACUUGAUGAUGAACAAAAAGCUAGGCUUUACAAUCAAGUGUUGCAGUGGUACUUGACUUAUUACGAUCAGCGAAAAGGUCAACCUCUUCAUGUGAAAAUAUCAACCCCCAAAGCAGUAGAAACACCUAAACCAGAAGAAAAUGAACAACCUUCGGAAGAACCUGUCCCGGAAAAAUUCACUUCAUCAGCCGUAGAGCGAGAGGUCAUGAAAAGUGUACCCAAAAUUUACAAAGCCGGGGCUAGACAAUUGUUGGAUAAAAUUAAAGAACAUCAAGAUGUAUUGCAUUGGAAUGAUAAAGGAGAGCUUUUGUAUGAAACCAAACCCAUUCCAGGUUCUCAUCUGGUGGACCUAGUCAAAGACACAUUGCGCCACCGCAAAGGAUUUGAACCAGUGGAAUGGUCGGUGUUUGCAAAGGGGUCUGGCCCGAAUGAAUGUCCCGGAAAAUCUAGUGCGUAA